GGUCUGCUCCCAUUUUACAUCGCAUUUCCUCACUAGAUGGUGUGCAAGCCACUGGAGAGUACACUUCCCCGCACAGUAGUGGGCUCUACAUCCAGCAAAAACAAACCUGGGAAAACUAUACAGCGGACAAUUUCUUCACGGGGCUCCGAGGAGGAAAAGUGUGGAAAUAAAGCGUCGUUCGAGGGAAGGUUUUCUUUUUUAAGCUAACCACCUCUGUUUUUUUAGCAUCAAGAAUACUUGGGAAGAGCGACAACAAUAUACAGCUGUGAUGGACAUAAUGAUUGCGGUGCAGGAUGCUUGUGUCUCCGGUCAGUGGCUUACUGCGAUAAUUCUCAGCCUGUGCUGCUUUCUGCCGUCCUGUUUGCCCGCUGGACAAACUGUGGACUAUUCCUCGGUCGAAAGUGUGGUCAGCAGACAAGGCGACACGGCUCUACUGAGGUGCUACCUGUUGGAUGGGAUCUCUAAAGGAGCCUGGCUGAACCGCUCAAGCAUCAUAUUCGCAGGGAACGACAAGUGGUCUGUGGAUCCACGCGUGUCCAUUGUGUCCAGCGUCGGCGACAAACAUGAGUACAGUCUUCAGAUACAGAAAGUGGAUGUAACUGAUGACGGCCAGUACACAUGCUCCAUUCAGAGCGAGCGCAACCCACGGCCAAAGCUCCUCAACCUUAUUGUAAAAGUUCCUCCCAAGAUAUAUGACAUUUCCUCUGACAUCACGGUAAACGAGGGCAGCAACGUGUCGCUCAUCUGCACAGCCAGCGGGAAACCCGAGCCAGCCAUUUCCUGGAGACACAUAACCCCAUUAGCCAGGAAGUAUGACAGUGGUGAAUAUCUUAACAUCACCGGCAUCACAAGGGACCAAGCUGGGGACUAUGAAUGCAGCGCUUUAAAUGACAUCGCCUCUCCUGACACCAAAACAGUAAAAGUCACAGUCAACUUUGCCCCAUCUAUCCAUGAGAUGAAAAGCCAUGGAGUUGGUCUGGGACGCACAGCUCUGCUAAGGUGCGAGGCGGCUGCUGUGCCUUCUCCAACAUUUGAGUGGUACAAGGGUGAGAAAAGGAUUAUCAAGGGUCAAGGCAUCGACAUCAAGAGCCUCAGCUCAAGAUCAGUCCUCACAGUGACCAACAUGACAGAGGAUCGUUACGGGAACUACACAUGUGUCGCCUCCAACAAGCUAGGGACGGCUAAUGCCAGUGUGCCUCUCAUUCCAAUUAUUGAACCCACCACCACUAGUGCUGUCUCAAGCCCAGCGCCCAACACUGCACCCUAUGGGAGCACAGGAAGUGCACACGUCCCGCUGGCCUGCCGAUACCUGGUCCUGGCUCUCUCCUCCUUCAUCAGCGUGUACUAGCAGAGUCCAGCCCAGACACAAUGACUGUCGAGAGCAUUUAUGAAUCCUUUUUGACAUUGCUGAUGGCUGGAAUCCAAUCUGGUACAGUUUGAUUGAAAAGCCGUGAGGGGAAAAUAAUCAGCAUUACUUUGUGUGGGGAACUUUUUGUUGUUUUUUUUUUGUUUGUUUUUUGUUUUGCUUUUUGGUGAAAUAUCUGUCAUGUAAAUACUAUGAUGUUUUUUUAUUAUUAUUAUUUCCUCUCUCUCUUCAGUUUUUUUCCUUUUCUUUUUCUGAUUGACUGACCACCUUGUGAAUCAGUGCUCACUCCCGGUACACCCCCCCACCCCCUUUCCCACCCCUACUCCACCUUCAAUCAUAUCAAAAGCCCCCCAAAACCUCCCAAAUGAGAUACUUUCAUGCCUCUUUCUCUGGGAGGCCGAUGGCGCAAAAUUGACAUUUUCAUCCGUUUUUGUACAUUGGCUAAAAAAGAAGCAAUUGUGCCAAGUCUCUCAGUACACAGAGUUACCAUACCAAUGUUGUAUUGAAUGUAUUAUGGGUUGUUGAAGAAAAGGAAAGACAUUUAGAUUCCUAACAAUACAAAUUUUGAUUAUGGAGUGUGCUUAAAAAAUACAGAAAAAAACAUGAAAAAAAAAACAAAAUAACAAAAAAGGCAGGGCUUUUCCAGGACCUGUAUUGUCAUGAUUACUCAAUAGAUGGAUGAACAGUGUUGAAGGUGUGCUUUGUUGUAUUCUGAAAUGGGUCCUUCAGUUACUAUGCCUGCCUAACAGCUUUGAUCAGGCAGCCAUCAAAGUAGCAAAGUAUACUGUAUUGUAUCUUUAUAUUUUAAUAUAGUGUAGGCUUUUGUUUUAAAGUGGGACCAGCUUUUCUCAUUCGACCAAGAACAUUAACACAGUUCAUGACUUUGUACAGUACGAAGGGAGGAACAUCGCUGCCCUAUGUUUACAUUUUUCUUGAAAAUAUAAAUACUAUAGUAUAAUCUCCAUACUUUUUUGUUUCAGUGAGUCCACAUACGUGAAUGUCAGAACAAGUUGAGAAGAAAAACACAGAGCCCGAGUUCAACUGUUUCAAGCUUUUCUCUUAAAGAUGCAGUUCUUUGAAACGUGCCACCUCCUGUAGGAGUUUGAGCAGAGCGUUUUGUCUCUGAAUUUGCUGUGUUACCCUACUGAUCAUCUUCUGGCUGAAAACCCACAGCUGCACACUGUAGGUUGCUUGAAGUUUCUGGCGUGAUAUUUAGAUAAUGGUUUCUGGGAAAGAAGUAUUCUGCAGCACAGAAUUUUAUUCCUCUCCUGUUCUCUACAGAUAAUUCAAUACAUAAAUAUAUUACAGUCUGUUUUACAGUAAAUAUAUCUACUUCACUGUACCAAUUUACAAAUAAUUGAAUUCCAGAGAGCCACAGCCCAUGUAACUUCAGAUUUCUGGUAAAUACACCAACACAUGUGGUAAUAAUCAACACAAAAGUACAAUAAUGAACCUACUUUGACUCUAGCCUAAGUCCUUCUCAUCGCUAAUUAUGACCAAAAGAACACAAAGUAACAAUUAUGAAUACGCUUAUCACCACAAACAUGGCCUAAGGUGCUAACAGCUCCUCCAAGAAGAGCGAGUUUAACACAGAUCAGUGUCCACAGAGCCGGUGAACAGCCACAGGAGUUCAGAAUAAAUUAAACCAUGAGGUCGUUUAAUAGGGGAAACUGGCUUUUUGUUCACUCAGAUCAAUCAUAUCAAGGAUCAGAAACAGUGUUAUUGCAAGGGUUUACUUUUGGACUAGAUUGUCAGCAUGGCAUAUUCAUAUUCCUCAAGUAUCUUCAAUCCAUGGUGUAAAAAGAGACACUGUACUGUAAUGCCUUAAUAGUACCAUAGACAUUAAAUUAACCUCCUUUUAGAAGGACACUUUCAGAUGCUCUCAGUAAAAUACAACUCAUUUGUUUGACAUACUACUGAUGACUGGAUGUUCAUUAGCCAUUCAAAAUUAGGAAUUACAUUCAGUAAAAAGUAAUCUAUCAACCUAUGGCUCUCGCAGGUAUUUUCAAAUAAGCCAGUUGCAUCUGAUAAAAAUGCAGUAUUUGUCGUACAGGUUAACAUGUUUGCAAGUCUUGUUUGGAUUUGGAUUGUGUUAUAUUUUGCCCCCGCGAUCGAGGGACUAACAGUAACCGAGAUCACACAGUAUUUUCACAUGAACUUGUAACUGCAAACCUAUAGAGAAAUAGCCAUCGCAGUUAAAAGACUUAAAGCACAAACACUGUUAUUACUUUUACGUUUUGUGGUGAUUUGUUUUGAGGUCUGCUAAACAUUUUUUUUUCUUUUAUUGUUUGUACUGAAAUUGUUAUCAGCUUGUUUUACAAAUUAUGAAAAUACUGCACCAUAUGAUCUUGUUUAAAUGUUAAGGUAUAAUGAAAAUGGGUCAGAAAUAUAUUUAUUCUCUUCCUUUAUGAAAACAAUGUAUAAAAGAUACAUUUGAAACAUGUAAAACUGAAUAUGUGACAUUUAUUUGAAUGAGGCACAGUAUGGCAUAGUUUAUAAUGUUGUCGGGUUCAUUUAGAUGCCAUAACUGUUGUUGAUUUUUUGUCAGAUGAGUACAUUAAAAAGAACAAUGUUUGCAAUCAAAUUACCUACUUUUUGAAACAGAGAGGGUGUGAACCAAUAUAACAGUAUUAUAGAACAGAAUCAAUGUGUGUAUAUUUGGAGAAAAUAGGAUACCUUUUGAUCUUUAGAGCCAGUGUGUAGUCAUAGUUUUCACACACUUGCGUGUUUGACGAUGUGCAGAGAGUAUGGUUGUGCUGCAUGUCAAAGUUAACCUGUGUUUUUGAGGUGGCCAUUUUACAGAUAUUCAUACUUUUUAUGAAUGGAACCAGUUUUUUUCCAAAAAAAAAAAAAAACUUUUUGGUUCUUAAACCUGGUCUAAGAAUACAUACCUCCUACAGAUCACCAGGCUAUGUUUGUUUGUGAUUUAUUUGAAUCGACUUUGCUGAUAAACUAAAACUGCUAUUCAGAGUCAUGAUAAUUAUUGUGGCACAUUGGUGACAGUCUGGAGUUAUGUUGGUUGCUUGUCUAAGCAGUUAAGACCAUGCUAGUAUUCCAUAUGAAAUGUACUGGAUGUUGAUUAUUUUGAAUAAUGGUAUUAACAAGUCCCUUUUAUCGAAUCACUAUUAUUUGCAAUAAAAGUCUUCAUGUUACAAUAUAAACCCAUAUCUGAGUUUAUGAGCACUCAAAGGGGUUUGUCAUUGUCACUGCAAGAGGGUUUGAGCCAUUGCAACAGUGUCCUCUUUAAAACAUAACGUUUCCCAAAAGCUGUUAACAGGCUUCUCAUUUUUAUACUUUUAUACUUUAUUAACAUGUAUUUCGUGAGUUAUCUAUACUACAAAAUGAAGAUUUGGUGCCUGUGCACUCAGACAAAUGUUGUUUGUUAGAGGUUAAACAUCACAGUACAACGAUUAUGUCUUUUUGCUAUUCAAAAUGACCAGCUGAGUAGUGCAGCCAGAAUCCCCCAGAUACACUUUUAGGGACAUCACACAUUAAUGUUUUAAUCACAUAUAUCAGAUUCUUUGAGAAUUCAUGACUGAACUGCAACAUGUUCUGUCUGUUCAAAUGAAACCUUAGCUAACGUUACUUUAGCUAACAUUGUGAUAGCUAAUGUUAGCUAAUGUUAAAAUUGAAUCAAUUUACAAUUACAGUGUUAUCUUAUAUAUCUUCAGUCGUCUAUUUACGGUCAACUAAAUCAAGUAUAUAGAAAAUAAUAGUCAGUUAUACAUUACACAUUUGCAUCAACCUAAUCAGGAUCUUUGAAAAUUUAGGGCUGAACCACAAUUAGUUAGCUAAUGUUACAACAGCUAGUGUUAGCUUAAGUUACACUUUGGAUAAAUAUAGCAAAGAUCCAUUUAGGUGAUAUCUGACAGCCUUACUGUUAGAUGUGACUUAACAGAUCUUUGUCAUUAUUACCAGCAGCAGACAAUUAUGCAGCAUUUAACACUACACACAGUUCCUGUUUUGAAUGUAAUAAUAGGAAUAAUAAUAAAAAAAAAAAAUCCAGCAAAAGUAUCACAGUAAUGUAGUUGUUAUCAAUAAAUAACAUGUACCAACAACAUAGAAGGAAUUUGCUUUGGUGCAGGAGUCAAUAAGACAAUAAAAUGAAACCCUGGUGAAACAAAAGAGGUGUAUUUGUUCAGGAUCUUUGAAAAUGUUCAGUUUUGAGCAAUCAUUUCCUGAACAUUCCCUAAUGUAAUCAUAAUCAUCAAAAGUUAUAUGUCUAAAAUAAUAAUAUCCAUUCUCAUAUCAUUUUAAUAUUAUGUUUGAGCACUCACCAGGGCACAAUUUUGUUUUGUUUAUUGCCCUCAGUGAACCUCGCUUACACACACUGCUGGGACUGUUCUCCAGGUUGAGGGACACGAGGGACGUAUAGGUCUGUUUGUACAGUGCAGCUUGAGUUAUUGAGUCAUCUUAAUUGUGCCGUAUCAUGCAUAUUUGAUCCCCUCCCCUCUGCCCUCGAACACUGCAUAAAGCCUGCUGAGCCCAGAUGGCCAGAUGCCACAGUACAUAGGAUUAAUCACCGUUUGCAUUGCAUCGUCAUUAUUGACUGGAGUGUGUCGCUCAGUAUACAUGAUCUGGAGGUAUUUACAAACAUAAAAACCACUGUACAUUCCAUCCAAUAACGCAUCUGGGGUAGAUUAUACCUUUUUUUUUCGCAGCAGCACGAGGCUUUUGAGCAUCCUUUGACCUGAAUACACUCUCAACUAACACAUCCGAUUGUGUGUGUGACCUACCUCAUAAAAGUUUGGCUGAAAAAGUCAUGUCGAUGUACAAGCUGAAAAGAGGCCACACCACCCACCUGCAGAUAUCACUGCCUCACCUCGCGCUCCCAGCUGAUAACGGAGGGGGGAAAAAAAAACCUCUCCACUUUUAAAUUUAAGAUAAGAGGAUUUUAAAUAUUCAUGCUAGUGCGCAUUAUUGCAGCCCCACAAUCCCCACCCUGAAUUUUUAAAAUUUCCCAUUUCAAAGCAUCCUCCAACUCUCACCCUGAUGAUGUAUCAGAAUCAUACUGUUCUGUUUGAAUGCAUUUAUUACAAGUUUGGAUUUGUUGCAUUGUAAAAUAAGAGCUGUUUAAACUCAGUCUCAGAGGAGGUCACGUACUGUACUGAAUGUGCCUUUAAAGUAUUUCAUCAAUCGUAACCAGCCCUUAUUUAGAGCAUUAUUUCCCCCAACUCAAGCUCUUGUAUACAGUCUUUUGCUCGCAGAAUAGUUUUCAUUACAAUUGGCAACAACAAAACAUUCAAUACGUCGGCACAGAAGCAAACUCCACGCAGAUUAUAGAUAAUUCAUCUAAUUACAUGCGUUUGUACUUGUUUGAAGUGCGUUUAUCAAACAUUUAUUGUGACACAUGUAAUACCCAAAUAAUGUAGAAUACAAAUAAAAAAUUGAAUUAUAUGCAGUUAUAUGUCAUCAUAAUUAAGAUAAUUAUGACCAGAGAAUCGAUAGGUUUUAAUGCAGUCGUGUGGAUUUAUCUUCCAGGAAAAUAGAAGCAGGGAUCAAAUCAUUUUCACCCUUUUUAAACCGCACAUAAACUGUUCUCGCUGUUUGUUUUCACUUCUUUAGAAUGGGCUCUGAAAGGCAUGUUUAUUCUUUUUAUUUUUAUUUUUCUGUGAUUGGCAUACUGUAUCUGACACUACCUACAAUUUUCGUGCCACAGUAAGAAGUUAAAAAAAAAGCAAAAGAAAAAAGAAAGAAAAAAAAACACCCCAGUUUAAACAAACAAGCAAGAAUUAUUUUGCGGAUGAUGUGUGACUCUGGAUGUCAGUGUAGGAAACAUCAUAACAAACUCAGAGACUGUUAUGACAGUGUGUUACUGCAGAGCACAUACUAUGUUGCCAAUAAGAGCCAAUGCAGGGAGGUGAGGCAAUAUAUUGCAAGUGGCAUUUACAGUCUUGAAAGACAAACAUGAAUUAAACACUGCAAUGAGUCAUUUUGUAUUGCAACUACAACAACAAAUAUUCAACCUAUCAGCACAUGUUUUCAGCACACAAGGCUUUGCAGUGUAUUGUCCUUUGGUCACUAAAAACUGAAUGUUUGCAGUUUUCAUUCAGCAAAUGAAUAGAAACAGCAUUAUCCUGCAGCAAAAUUAAGGCAUCAUAUGCUACAGGUUAUGGAAAUGACUAGAAUGGUGUCAAACGGCUGUUUGGCUCUUCACAAAGGCGUCUACGGCCAGCGUGAACAGAGAGGAGGCUGGAGGUGUUUGUGAGAGAGGGAUUCCUUCUGACCCUGCGGUUAAUGAAACCCUUCCUGUGCCUUUGUCAGUUUUAACUGGGAGAUUGUGUCAUACUACACGCUGGAGCUGCUGCCUGGCUCCCGCAGUCACCAUCCCACUCCCCUGAGCAGCAUACUGAGUUGUCAGUAUCAAAAAACCCCUGUUUCUUGAGUGCUAGCAUUCAGUCUGGUAGAUAUGUUUGUUGUAUAGCAGGCAAAAGCUAUCCCUCCUGUCAAAGAAGGAGGGGAAAAAAACUUGAAUUUCUCUCCCUAUAACCAGUCUGUGGGCCAGUUUGAUUCUGUUCUAAAUGGAAAAAGAAAAAAGAAACGUUCAAGGUUUUUUGUUUUUUUGUUUUUUUUUUUUAGGCCUCUUUCUCCUUCUCUUGAACAUUUCAAUUGGUACAAAAACAGUGAGUAAUUUCUGACUGGUGUGACUCUCAGUUUUCUUUGAAAUCUGAUUGUCUGGCAGCUGCCAAUGUAGGGGGGGACGUGCUAUUUUAAAAAGAAGGUUGCAUCAAGUAUUUGUCAACCUGUCCCUCAUUAUUUCCACUGAACUGGAAAAUAAGUUGCCAGCCAAUGAUGCAGAGCCUGAGAUAAUGCCUGGGUUUUAAAGCAAGCUAUCUAAGCCAGGUCUCUUCAUGACGCCAGUGACUGAAUCACACACAGCAAGGAGUUUUCACGUGAGGCUCCCGGGCAAUUGUCAGUUUUCAUGAGGGAUUGAACAGAUUGCCAUAGAGAAAAUGUCAUCAUUUUGCUGACAGUAAAUGUAAUCCUAUUUCCUUUGUUUUCCUGCCUCAAAAGGCAGAUUACACAUUGUUUCAUAAACACUGAAUGACACAGCAAAUCAGUUCUUUGUAGCACCAGUCCAUCAUACAGUAUGUGUCUUCAGUGUUGUAUUUGUUUAAAUGGAGUGACCUCUAGUAGAGUUCAGCGUAUGAGGUGCAGCAUUUCUUCAGUUUGUUUCUGUAUAAUGAAUAUAUUUACUUAUGCCAUUUUGUUUUCUUUUUACAAAAAAUGGGAAUGGACACAAUGAGGAGGAAAGGAACAUAUUAAAGUUUUCUGUCUGAACUUUUGUUUCUCUUAUUUUUUUUAUUUGUUU